UGUCUCGCCGACACUAAUCCGUCCUUUCGGAGUACAUUCGCUUCCUCCACCACCCCACGAACCUAACAGACGUCCCGUCUGCUACGAUGACGUGUACCAUCGCAGAAUGCGGUGAUCCAUCCAACAUCAUCGAGACAAACGCCGACAUCGCCGGUAUCGGUGUCGUGUGCUCCUUCCUCGUGACCGCCGGGCUCACCGCGAUUCUCUCGAUAUGGCUAAUGUUGACCCACGAGUCCCACGCGAGUGGCGGUCGAAAGCACGUGAGCGAGAUGGGCACUCAGCACAAGGUGCUCAUCCCGAUGGUGAUGAGCGUCGGCGACAUCCAGGUUGUCACGUCAAUCGCGCUGCUCACCGCGGGACUGCUGCAUCAGUGCGAGCUGAACGUGUACCACUACUACCUGAUCGCGAUGAUGGCCAUGGUGUCACUUGGCACACACUGCCUCACGUGGACGGCGCUGCACGGCCGGCUACGGCAGAACCGCUUCAGCUUCGUCUUCAGAACUGUCGGCCAGGUCACGGCCGUGAUCCUGUUCGUGUGGUUCCUGUGUCUAUUCGCGGAGGUCAACACCACGAGCAUGGCUAGACACACGGCGUGCUACUUCCUUGAAGACAUCUCCAAUGCAACCACAGCCGCAGCCUCCUCCACCGCCAUCGCCGCGGCCUCCGCGACCACCAGUGCCGUCCGAAACACCACGCUAGACGCGCUCGCCGCCUCACUCGGCCGCCGCGCCGCCGCCGCCGCGAUCCUCGACUCGUCCACUGUCGCCAGCGCCAGCGCCACCAUCGGCUCCGCCGUCGCAGCGGCGACAGCGGCUGCUAGUAGCACGGCUAGCGCACUGGCUAUGACCGCCACCUCCGGCGCCACCUCCACCGACAGCGGUCCGGAAAACAAGGGAGCCUACGGCUUCAUCGCGCUCAUAGUGAUAGCGAUCGUCACCUCCGCCAUCAGCCGGUGGAGGGAUUGGCACAUCUUGCCGAAGCACUCCGCAACGCCGUGGUAUUUGUGGCUGCCCUUCUUUGUUUUCCAGAUAUUCGCGCCGCUUGCCGUCGCGAUCUACGGCACGGGCAAACUGCUCCAAGUCCGUGGCAAAUACGCCCCGCUCCCCGACGCGGAAACCACCGGCAUCCUCCUCAACGCCACAGUCAGCCUCUUCAACGCCACCGCCGCUGACGGCAUCACCGUGCUCGUCAACACCACCAGCAACGCCUACACCGUCGCCGCACAGGAUUCCCGCGAGUGGCUCUCCGACAAUUCGCAUGCCGAGUGGGGCUUUGGCCAGAUGGUCCCGCUGAUCCUCCUGGUCACGACUAUCUACUCCGCGUGCGAGGGCUACGACCGCAUCCGCGAGAACAAUCGCCAGAAUCGGAAGGAGGAGUGAGCCGCUACUUGCGCUUCGCUUCCCAUCCAUGUUCCGGCUCACCCCGCGUCCAUCGUUUCUAUUAUCCAGUUCGACUGUAUGUUUUUAUGUGUACCCGAUUCGUGUGUAUGUAUGCAGGGUAGGCCCUAAUUUUACUCGCCCCCUGAGCAUUUGUGUCCGUUCGUCCCUUUGACUGUACCUUCACGCAAUG